AUGUCUGUCUCUCACCAGCCCUGGUUCGAGCAGGACUGGAUCGGCGCUGUCGUCACGUUUAACCGGCCCUCUCCCUCGACCUGGCGCCUGAAGCGGAAGCUGAGCGAGACCGUUCGCAGCCAAUUUAACGUUCAUGAGGCUCGCGCUGUGUAUGUGUGCUUCAAUGUGCAUACACCUGAGCAGGAGGCUAUCAUGAAGAUACGUGCGCAAGUCCCCCUUGCUAGCACCCGCUACUACCCUCCCCACGUCCGGGCUCAACAGGCUGAGGCAAAGUUCCCCUCUGCCAUCGAGAAGGAGGUGGAUGCCCUGAACCGCCUAACCAAGCAGAAAUGUUCCACUAUCCCGAAACUGCUCGGCUGGAAGUACUCAGUCCAGGGGGACGACAUGUGGGUGCCCGGCGGGUUUCUGGCGUUCAUCCUGAUGGAGCAGGCGCAGGGCAUCAGUCUCGCUCGUGACGAUUACUACUGGAUGGGGAUGAAGAGGCAGGAGAGGGACGAGGUUCGAGCGGCGUUUAAGGAUGCUUGGCUUGAAUGCGCUAGAUGCGGACUGGCGAACACCGACGCCGGUCGCCGCAACCUCAUCUGGGACGUGGACACGAAAAGAUGCCAAAUUAUCGACUGGGAAGUCCCGAGGAUGGCGCAUUCUUCCGAGUGGACCGAUCGCGAGUACAUGAAGUGGCAGCUGGUCUUGUACGAAGACCACUACAGCCCGCCGGAGAAGUGGAUGUGGUAG